CCGGCUAAAGGCUGGGACGUCGGUGACUCCGACAGCAGAGCCAGCCGAGCUCGGAGCUCCAUCAGCCGCCGCCGCCUGCCCAGCCCGACCGAGCCACGAUGAGCGGGAGAGUCGGCGACCUGAGCCCCAAGCAGGAGGAGGCUCUGGCCAAGUUUCGGGAGAAUGUCCGGGACGUGCUGCCCACCCUGCCGGACCCAGACGACCACUUCCUGCUGCGCUGGCUCCGAGCGAGAAGCUUCGACCUGCAGAAGUCCGAGGCCAUGCUGCGGAAGCACGUGGAGUUCCGGAAGCAGAAGGACAUCGACAACGUCCUGACCUGGCAGCCACCAGAGGUGGUCCGGCUGUACCUGUCCGGGGGCAUGUGUGGCUACGACAAGGAGGGCUCUCCCAUCUGGUACGACAUCGUGGGGCCCCUGGACGCCCGGGGGCUGCUCCUCUCGGCCACCAAGCAGGACCUGCUCAAGACCAAGAUGCGGGACUGCGAGCGGCUGGUGCAGGAGUGCCACAGCCAGACGGCCAAGCUGGGGAGGAAGAUCGACAGCAUCACCAUGAUCUACGACUGCGAGGGCCUGGGCCUCAAGCACCUCUGGAAGCCGGCCGUGGAGACCUACGGGGAGUUCCUGUGCAUGGUGGAGGACAAUUACCCCGAGACCCUGAAGCGCCUCUUUGUCAUCAAAGCCCCCAAGCUGUUCCCCGUGGCCUUCAACCUGGUCAAGCCUUUCCUGAGCGAGGAGACGCGCAAGAAGAUCCAUGUCCUGGGAGCAAACUGGAAGGAAGUUCUGCUGAAAUACAUCAGCGCCGACCAGGUGCCCGUGGAGUAUGGGGGCACCAUGACCGAUCCCGAUGGGAACCCCAAGUGCAAAUCCAAGAUCAACUGGGGGGGCGACAUCCCCAAGACCUACUACGUGCGGGACCAGCUGAAGCAGCAGUACGAGCACAGCGUGCAGAUCUCCCGCGCCUCCUCCCACCAAGUGGAGUACGAGAUCCUCUUCCCCGGCUGCGUGCUCCGGUGGCAGUUCGCGUCGGAAGGCUCAGACAUCGGCUUCGGCAUCUUCCUGAAAACGAAGAUGGGGGAGCGGCAGAAGGCGGGCGAGAUGACCGAGGUGCUGCCCAGCCAGAGGUACAACGCCCACCUGGUGCCCGAGGACGGCAGCCUCACCUGCAGCACCGCCGGCAUCUAUGUCCUGCGGUUUGACAACACCUACAGCUACAUUCACGCCAAGAAGGUCAGCUUCACCGUGGAGGUCCUGCUUCCGGACAAGGCUUCCGAGGAGAAGAUCCAGCAGCUGGGGGCGGGCACCCCGAAGUAAUGCCUCCCCCCGCCGCCGCCGGCCUGGCCCCCCUCGGUGUCUCCCCGUCCGUUUCCAUCCCCUGUCGCAGCCAUGUUCCCAAGCGCCCCGAGGCCCAAAGGAACCGGGGCUGGAAGAAGGACCCCAGCUUGGAUCUGGGGAGUUUCCAUUUCAGGAUUAGGAAGAGGGAGCAGAGCUGGAGGGGGGAUCUCCUGGCCUUUCAAGGGGCUGGGCACUGCGAUGGGACCUGUUUGUCCUAAAAACGGUGCCGACAGCACACCCACCUGUGACAGAAAGGGGGUCCCAUGGGGUGGCGGCAGGGAAGAAAUCGGAAAAGGGGAGAGACUGAAACCGUAACAUUUCCAGCGAGGCCAGCAGCAGGGGAGAGGAACUUGCAACCAAAUGAAGAAUCCGUGUAAGCCUAGAUCAUAACGAGCAGCAGCAGCAAGGAGUUGCUGGAGUCAGAGGCGCUUCCGAACUCUAUCACUGAGGCUGGGGUCUUGGGGUCCCCCCACCCCCUCCUCCCCACCGUCUGCACAGAGCUUCCCUCUCAGGGGUACACACAGGCAGGGCUUCCCCCCACCUUGAGGACUUCAGCAACUCCGGGGCCUCUGCGGCUGCUGAUUUAAUUACUGAUGAUUGUCAUUGAUUCAGAGCUUCCGGGACAGCGAGCUUGGGGACCCCGCCACUGUCCUCCGAUGCAAACACAGCGCAGGGAAUUACCUCCAGGGGUCCCAGCUCUGGGGAGGGAAGGGAGGCCCGGGGUGGGUGCGAGCCCUGAGGCUUCCAGCCUCCCAUGGAGCAACGCUUCAUGUGUGGGGUGCCCACACAGAAAUGGCAGGUGGGAUCCAGACAGAACUCAGUGAGGGCAUUUGUCAGUCCGAGCCUUCCAAGGUGCCCGUCGACCCUCCCAUCUCCAGGAGAGGUGUAUGGCGGGUGCCAUGGGCUCCUAGUGCCUGGUGGGCAGGCGGCCCAAGGCAGGGCCAGCAGCUUCUGGGAGAGCCAGGGGCUGGGGCCGCCCCACCACAAACAGCCUCGCAGGCCCUGGGCCCCUCCACCCACGGCGGCCAGCAGGGAUGGCCAUGUGGCCGCUCAGCGACAGGGAGCUGGAGGGCAAGGACCCUUCGAGCAGCCAUAGCACUUAUCCCAAUCCUUCGUCCUGCAAACAAAUGCAAACCAGGUCCUGGGCUGCAGAGAGGCACAGGACACGGGAAGGCAGCCCGGCCUGGGGAGCUGGUCUGGCGAAGCGGGAGGGAGCAGCAGGAGGAGGGGGGCGGGGGUCCCCCUGAGCCCGCAUGGGCCCCAGCCAGAGCCCUCAGGAGGACAUCCCGACCUUGGUUUACAACGCUCUGUUAGGGAAAUUAACCAAUGAAUAAAAAGCAACGUUCAAUGCACA